CAACGGCCUCUCGUGACAUCGUCACAGUCUAAUCACUACUUAGUAUUACUGAGCAAUACCCGGUAAAACACCCGGCUUCUGCGAAAGUGAACCUCUUGAGUACUUUGAGUAUAUAAAAGAAAAUUGGGCUACCUAAGUCACCAACAGGAAUUUCCGCGGGCCGCCAUGCCCAUCAUCAACGACAUCCCCGCUUUCCAUGCCUUCCUAACCACCAACCCGAACUCUCGCAUCCUCGCCCUCUGCGGCGCGGGACUCUCGGCCGCCUCGGGCCUGCCAACGUUCCGCGGCGCCGGCGGUCUGUGGCGCAACCACGACGCCACCCGCCUUGCCACGCCGGAGGCUUUUCGAGCCGACCCGGGCCUCGUAUGGCUCUUUUAUGCCUACCGUCGCCAUAUGGCCCUCGAGGCGAAACCGAACCCUGCCCAUCACGCACUCGCUGCCUUGGCUCGCCAGAGAAGGAAAUUUCUCUGUUUGACGCAAAACGUCGAUAACCUCUCCCAGAGAGCGGGCCACCCCCCUUCCCAGCUCCGAACCCUUCACGGGAAUCUCUUCACGCUCAAAUGCUUCAACCGCCGGUGCAGCCACGUAGAACACAACAACACCGCCGAUCCCCUGGUCCCGUCGCUAGCACCCGCCUCCGUCACAACGCCCGCUGACGCGACAAGACCCCUUCCCCUCGUUGACGCGGACGUCCCCUUAGUCCAUAUCCCCGCCUCAGAACUCCCCCGUUGUCCGCAGUGCGCCUCUCUCCUCCGACCUGGCGUGGUUUGGUUCGGCGAGCAGCUUGAUGGCGCCCUCCUAGGCGAGAUCUACGAGUGGCUGGACGAGGGCCCCAUCAGCGUCAUCUUCGUGGUCGGGACGGGCGCCCAGGUGUGGCCCGCGGCCGGGUACGUUCAGGAGGCGGCGGCGCGCGGCGCGCGCGUCUGCGUCGUGAACACCGAGGUUGCGGAGGAGACGUUGGGGCCGGAGGACUUUGGCUUCGUGGGGGAUGCGGCUGUGUUGUUGCCUCGGUUGCUGGAGCCCGUGAUUGGGUCUACGAAGGAUGACGGAACGUUUGAGUAA